UUGCUCUAAUAGAGGCGGCUCCGUGUCAGGUGACCAAGGUCCGGGUAGGAGGGGUCGGAGGUUCAAUCUUUCUGACUGACGCGUCUCUAAGACUGGCUUGUGUACUGUGGGACAGGGGAACGGACUGGUGGCGUCGCUGGCGCUCGCACUGCUGCGGCAGGAGGCAGAAGCAGUCGGACCUUUGAGUUGGAGAACAGCCAGGACUACACAGAGAAAACCCUGUCUCAAACAAACAACAAAGGGAGCGCAUAAGACAGAUGAUGGAUUCCAGAAUGCCUCCAGUUCUCUAGAACCUAAGAACUGAACACAAGAAUGAGAGUCAGAGUCAGUUCAUUGGUGGUUGCUGCAAGGAUAUUCAACUCUGAUAUUCUCUCACUGUGGUUUCUCGGGGUGAGUAGGAUUGUCUUGAGAAUCUUCUAAAAGCCUUGCUGGCAAGCAGCCAUGGCAAGUAAAGGGCCUUCAGCCUCUGCAUCCACUGAGAAUUCCAGUGCAGGGGGGCCCAGUGGCAGCAGCAAUGGCCCUGGUGAGAGUGGAGGGCAAGACAGCACCUUCGAAUGCAACAUAUGCCUGGACACGGCCAAGGACGCUGUCAUCAGCCUGUGUGGCCACCUCUUCUGUUGGCCGUGUUUACAUCAGUGGUUGGAGACUAGACCUAACAGACAAGUGUGUCCAGUUUGCAAAGCUGGCAUCAGCCGGGACAAGGUCAUCCCACUCUAUGGCAGAGGCAGCACUGGACAGCAGGAUCCCAGAGAGAAGACUCCUCCUCGUCCUCAAGGCCAGAGGCCAGAGCCAGAGAAUAGAGGGGGAUUUCAAGGAUUUGGAUUUGGAGAUGGUGGCUUUCAGAUGUCUUUUGGAAUUGGAGCAUUUCCAUUUGGGAUAUUUGCCACAGCAUUUAACAUAAAUGAUGGACGGCCUCCUCCAGCUGUUCCUGGGACACCCCAGUAUGUGGAUGAGCAGUUCCUGUCACGCCUCUUCCUGUUUGUCGCCCUGGUGAUCAUGUUCUGGCUGCUGAUCGCCUAAUACAGGACCCUGUUAACAUCCA